ACAUUCACUAAUCUGUAAUCCCGCUUGAGAAAUUUCUGGUAUUGUUUUUCAGUUGGUAUCAAAAUUUCAUCAUGUCAGAACGUUCGUGUCCAGUCUCCGGUUCUAUCGGAGGGCAAUGUCCAGCCGGCCAUGCAAACGCAAGCAGAAGCAAUAGUCGGAUGGGUCCACGAGGUUGCUCGUUUUCCGGCUACAGUCAACCAGGAGAUCUCCAUGCAGCAUUCGAUAUUCCACGAGGGGUUGAUGCUGGGGAAUGGCUUCGAAUGAGAGAGCGCAAAUCAAUAAAUCAGCUGUUGUAUAAUAACAUUCCAUCUGUUCGAGAAAUUGACGCAGCCAAAACUCAAGCAGAGAUCGAUGCCUUCAACGCUCAUGAACAGGACCUAUUAGCCGUGGCGUUAGGAGCACCAGCUAGGCAAGUCAUGUUAAGGGCAGAGGAAAUCGGACCUAAGACCGGUUGGUUAGACGGUUAUCUUAGCGCAGAGCAUGGAUUCUGCCCUCCGGACUACGAAGAGGCUAUCGGUGCUCUAUCAAGAACUCCAGGUCGAAUAUGGGCCGAUCUUUGCGAGCGGAUGCCCGGUUGCGUUGCAAGAGGACGUGUCCAAGAAUCUGUUGCUGCGCUUGCUCUUGUGGAGGGCACAAAAGAAGUUAUUCCAGACCAGGCGCUAUGGGCGGCAUUAGUUGCUUUAGGGAUGUUGUGUUCUAUCUAUCGCUUCGUAUCCAAGUAUGAUGGAAGCGAAGGCAUUUCUUCUGCCCUUCCUAAGAAGAAGGCGCCAAACGUCCCAACGGGCGAUGAAUUUGGUGAAGAGCUAGUCGGCAUCCCGUUAUGCAUCGCGUUGCCGUAUUAUCAGAUUUCACGACGCAUGGGUCGAGCGCUUCCACACCUCACUUUUCCCGAUCAAUCCAGCUACAACAUCAAGAUCCGAGACCCUACUUCAACUUAUCCUUACGUCGCACGUUCUGAGAACACAGAUCUCCGAUGGUCUAUGUUCGGCGAGAAAGCCGAGAUCGCUUUCCUCAAAGGUUGCGCCGAUACAUCAGCUUCUUUCCAGCACGGACCUGAUGCUAUAGCGGCAUGUCAAGAGCAUGUUAUGAAUAAGAAUGUCGAAGGACUCUUACGCGAAAUGAUUCGAUUAAAAGAAAUUCUCGAGCGUAUGCCCAACGCCUUUCAUUCCAUCAACGUAAACCCGAACUCAGGCGAGAACUAUGUUCCUGUCCAUCAAUGGGUCCGUUGGGCGAAAUUCUCUGCUCCUCUUUCCAAAAGGUGUCCUGCCUCUUCGGGCUUGCAAUUUCCCCCUUAUCUUGUGAUGGAUGCGUUUCUUGGCCGUAAAAAAUACAACUCCUUCCUUGGUGCAGAAGGAGUACAUUUGAGAGCCUGGCUACCUUCCAAUCUCCGAGCCUUCAUCGCCGCCAUCGAGUAUCAUUAUCGCAUUCCCGAAUUCGUUCAGCAGUCUAAUGAUCCGCGACUGAAAGGAGUCCUGGAUGGCAUUAUCGAGGCAUAUACAGGCGAAAGAGGCUUCAUGGGAACACAUCGAUACAAGGUCUUUGGUAUUCUUGAAAUCGCUGCAAAGACAGGACGAACAGAGACAAAUGGUGCAUCAGGCGCUGGUGAUGCAUCCCGCCCAUGGGAAGAGACCCAUAAACAAUUCUCAGAUGCUAUGAAGGAGCGUCUUGAACCAUACCGUGGUAAUUUGGCAGUCGAGCCACAUCAAAUGCGAGGAACCUUCGAAGAAUGCCGUUAUAUAACGAGAGUUCUAAAUCGAUCCAAUGUCGACUCCGAUCCAACACGAUCAAUUGGUCUCGUUACCUUGGAUAUUCAAGACACAGGCAUUACUUUCAUGCCUGGUGAUCGUCUAGCAGUUAUGCCCCUGAACAGCUGGGAUGAAUGUGCAAAGGUAGCUGCGGCUUUAGGCUUGGAGACCCAUAUCGAUGACCCGGUUGAGGUGACUGGCACAUGGUCCCGUUUUGAACGGCAUCUCACAUCUGUGCGGAGAAUGACGACAGCAAAGAAGUUGACGGUAGCGGAUAUUCUCCGCCGCGGCCACCUUGCACCAAUUACGAAAGACCUUGCUUUGAAAAUCCAUAGCUUACUUGCUGCAUCCUCAAAUACUGUCCUCCAAGUCCUUGCUACGGAUGAGUGGCCAGUUCGAGGUUCACUAGGCGACAUACUACAAGAUGCCCUUGUAGAUACACCAGCUCACAUUUGGGAUAAGGCAUUUAGCCUAGACAACCUUUCGUGGCUGGCUGAUCUCAUCCCCGUUGAGGUCCCCCGUACCUACUCGAUAGCGAGCUAUACCGACGAACUUCUUCCUAGCACCGUUGACUUGGCUAUAUCACGCGCCGAGUACAAGCUCUGCUCAACGUUCUCCAAACAAGAAGAUGUGGAUCGCGCUGGCGUUGCAAGUGGAUUCUUCAACCCUCACCCAUCAUUGAAUGAGAUGGAAUCUGACGACGAGAUCCUUGUCGGUGUUUCUCGGCCUAUGUCUUUCCAAUUGCCUUUAGAUAACAUGGCUCCCUGCGCCUUUUUCGCUGGUGGAAGUGGGAUCGCACCAUUCCGGAGCUUCUGGCAAUAUCGCCUAACUACCGACGGCUUAUCUGGGGGCAAGAACCAUUUGUAUCUUGGUGUCCAAUCGCGCGAAAAGUUUUGUUUCGAGGACGAAUUGAGAGAAUAUGUGAAUGCGGACUUUAUGGAAGUCCACGUGGCAUUCUCAAGAGAUUCCAGAGGUCUUGCGUACGAUCCGCACUCGCGGGACCUGGUUGAGAAACAUAUUCCUCCUCGUUAUAUCGAUACCCUAAUUGUCGAGCAAAGUGCGACGAUAUCCGACCUUGUUAUGUCAAAGAAGCAGGGCGGCUUAGGUGGCUAUCUCUACGUGUGCGGCUCUGUUGCCGUUUUCGAUUCGGUGAUGAACGGAAUUCGCAAGGCGGUUUACACCCACUGUACUGCAACUAUGGAAAAUGUUGAUCUCAUUGUCAACAAAGCAUUUGCAGAACGACGAUUCAUGCUUGACGUCUUCAUGACCCCGAAGCCCCUUCCUUGCAACUUACCGACCAUCCCACUAUCACAACUUGCUCAACACACUGGCCAUAGACCAGGAUCACGAAUGUGGAUAGGAGUUCACGGAAGUGUAUACGAUGUUACUGACUUUUGUCCUAUGCAUCCUGGAGGCACACAGAUCAUCAAGUCGAACGCUGGGGUAGACUGUUCCAAAUCGUUUGACAAUCUGGCUCAUACCAACAACCCCGAGGUCAAUAGUCUUCUAACCAAGUAUUUUAUUGGACAUUUAACACCCAAACCCGAUUACCAGGGUGGCGAGGAGGACUUAUCUGCUCUGUAUGAUAUCUGGGCUGCAUACUUACGAACCACCGUGGAGACUUUAGGGGCGCACCAAAUUGAGAUGCACGAGAUCCAGGGAGCAUCAAUCAAAACAUCAUCAUCCUUUGACCGUAUGGGGAGCACUAACAUGUGGCUCCACGAAAGCUUACCCAGCACAAUCGCCAUUCGCUCAUUCUACGGCUACCAGAGCAGAUUAUUACAAAUGGGAUUCGCUGCUCUCUUCGGGGCGAAGCUUCAAGAACUUGUUCUCAAGUUAUCGUUUAGUCUUGCUAGCGCAGGUGGUGCGGGAGCGAAUAUUCAACUACCUGACGUGUUAGGAGCGGUAGCCCGUGCGAAUACCGGCCCAGACGCCGUGUCCUGUAUGAACGAGGUAGCUCUUAUCGGACAGUUCAUCAACGGCGCCGAAGGCUCUCUUCGCUUCCAAGAACGCGGAGUUUUCGCCUAUGCAGCCAAGAGCGUGGAGUUAGACAUCGAGCUGCUUGAAGAUCUUCGCCAGGAAAUCGGUACUGGUAUGGAUGCCUUCGACAGCAUCGCUAACGCUUAUAACUCGGCCGACAAGAUGCAGGAUCCGGAUUUCGAAGCCAAUCGCAUGACAGCUAUUUCAACAUUCCUCCUCCAAAUCCUCGAACGCAUCGCACGCCGCUUAGGGAUAUUCUACGCGCAGCUUGCCCAAUGCUCGGUCUACAGACCUGAACUCGAGCGAAACCCCGCCAGAACCCGGUGGGCGCUCGUGCGUAGAUGUAUUCGAGACGGAAGUUUAUUCGUGAUGACUCAUAAAGCAGCCACCGACACUCUGACCGCAGGACAGCAGUCAUCCUACUACAUGUCCCGCGCCAACCCUAAUCAGAAUAUCGACUUCGACAAUGUCAUAUCGCAGGUUCGUGCCACGCUGGGCUCAGCACAAAUGGAUACGCAAAUGAGCACACCACAACAGCCACUAAGCCUAAACGCCGUACACCAAGCCCGAGGAAGAAGCUCAGGAGACGCGAUGCAAGUGGGAGAGAACCCCGGGGCGCUCAGGGCCAUGAACAGUUUCGUGGAGAAGCAUAGCAAAGCAAUCCGGCGGCUCAGCAAAAUGCCCCCAGUUCCCAUGAGCUUUGAGGACUUGCAAAGAGCGAUGGCGCAUACCGGCCUGCACACACCUCCGGCUGAAUCGCAUGAUACCAUGGCAAUGGGUCUCGGCAUUAAGAAUCAGGACAUGAUACUCGGGCAUGCUAGACUCCCGACUCCUCCCUCCAGUCGCGGAUCCAGCCGCUCUCCAUCACGCGUUCGGUCGUCGACCGGCAUGUCGCCCUCGGCCGAGAUGCUCCUCAGCAAGUUAAAUCAAUCACGGUCGCGAUCGCGCGGGAACUCACUCCAGAGCCGAAACCUCUCUCCCGUAAGCCAAAACUACAACCAAUUCAACCACUCCCCACAAAUGCAAGCUCAACACCAACAAAACACCCCCUACUAUCCCGUCAUCGGCGGUUUCCCAACACCGCCCAUGAGUGCCACUAACAUGAGCACCGGACCCAAAAACAACGUCCACGCAGCCAUGAGCUCUCUCAUGGGCCAACUGCAUACCCGGCGCCCAUACAGCGAGGUCCCCAGCCAUGGAGGAAGAAGCAUGAACAUGUCCGGCAGCCACGUACGGUCCGCGUCGAGAUCUAGCGCGGUAAGCGUGGCGGGGAAUGCGAUAUCGAACGCGCACGGUCAUCUAUCAAGGCAGUCGACGAACUCUCUGCGCGCGUUUAAGCUGAGAGCGGUGGAUGGGGAGAGGUUUGCCCCCGCUACUUAGGGAUGAUGAGGAUUGUCGUAGUGUUAAAAGGGAGGAGGUUUUGGGAUACAGAUAUCCAUUUUAUUACAUACAUACCUACAUAGAUGCUGGCCACUGUAAAAUUCCGUUCAUUCGGUUAUAUAUUACUAGAUAUCCUUCGUUAAGAUCAUAAACUUUCUCUCAAGC